CUUAUUCAAUUUUGUCGUGACAGUUCCUGAUCGUCAUCGCCUGCUCUGCGGAGGUGGAGCACUCGUCUGCACUGGCUUCGUCAAGUAUAAUUUGGUGGCCGUUUCUCUUUAUUAACCCUAUCGCUAUCCCUAAUGAGUGCAGUCGAAGUUUGAGUGACAAAGCUUUUCUCGUCGUCUAGUCAUUCAUGACUUCCUCAGCAUGAUCACUCAUGACUUCCCCUCCAUGACAUAUUGAAGCCGGUGUAGUUGAUGACGCGUUCUUUGUCUCAUGUAUCGUUGAGUUUGUGUAAGUGUAGUGAGCGAAGUGCAGAUCUGUCCUCCAUCUUGUUCCUGCGUUUUUGUUGAAAUAAGACACUUGCCUUUUCUACCAAGAAGGAAAACAAAUCAUGGGUCUUCUCUCCUCCUCCUCCUCCGCCGUUCCAGCCGCGGAGCAGGCACUCGCGGAGCUGGCCAAGGAGAAGCACUGGCCGAACGAGAGUCUUUCCGAAGGGUUCCCCCCGAAAGCCGUUGCGAAUUCGCCCGCCGCCAACGCGGGGUUACCCCCCAUUCCCGAGUUUGCGAUCCCGAGCCAGCACCCGGGAAGUUUUCCGCCGCCCGGUGGGCCGAGCGCGGCCGGGGGGUUCGACAUUCCAAACAUGUACCCGACGCGAACCAUACGGGGCUUCGCCGCCAACUCGGCACUGCUGCAAACCAUGUCGGCAUUGAACGUGUUGAAGGACGCGUCCUCCCAGGCCGUGUCGAUCCUGAAGGGAAAUACCGCGAUGCGCACCCGCGCAGAGGAAGCGUACCAGGAGGCCCUACAGAUGGAUCCGGACGCCGUAACGAAGCUGACGCUGAAGCAACUGCAGGAGCAGAGCCGGAAUGUGUCUUCGCGCAGUGAGCGCUUCCUGCACGCGAUGGCCAGUACGGUGCGGCAGGCAGAGCUUGCAGUCGAAGGUAUGAAGGAACAGAUGCGGGGCUUUCUGGACGUCGAGCCGCCCGACUAUCGUGCGCUGAUAACAGGAGGUACACCAGAGGGAGGAGCGAUGCAAGGAGGUCCAGCACCAGGGAACAGCCUUUACGGGUCGAUGCUCCAGCGAUAGCUGAGGGCGUAGAGUGACGCUGUUGAAUUUUCGUUGCAGCUUUGUAAAAACGAUCGUCCGGAUCAUGUUGAUGAUGUUGGUCCUACUGUUGAUGUAUUGUGAUCAUUAAUUGAAGUCAUGUGGUAAAAAAUAUUAAUUUUUAGCACCACGAGGGAAU